CUUCCCACUCGAUUUACAAUCUCUAUACCCGCCCUAGCUUUAUGACACGAUGAUGGACGCCAUCAUCGAUUCCGAUACCGACUCUGAUGGCUCCCACGUCUCCGCCACCCCACCCAGGUCCUACCCUGCCUCUCUUCCUCCGAAGUCUAGGGCUAGGGGUUCUCCGAUCGCCGACCCUAAGCGCAGAAUGCCCCAAUCCAUACCACUAAUGCUGUCUGAACCUGAUCUCCCGCAUUUCCCCGGCGUCGAUCUGUCCAAUCUCAACGGCAUCUCUGUAAAGAAGAUCCAGCGACCUCUGGAUUCUCGGCACUCGACUUCCUUCUCCUCCCUUGUCCGAUCUCGUCGCUCUUCUUUCGAUCCAUUAUCUGAUCCAUCGAAAGAAGACGCCACUGUUACCCAGCAUGCUACCUCCUCCGAUCGCCCUCGCCCUGGGAAUGGGAUCAAUAUGGCGAAGCUUCACCCGAAUUGGCUAGGUCCGGAGGCUCGAUCGGUAACGACAGCUGCUGUGAUGCCGAAACGGUGCAAGAGCGGUAGCGAGGGAAACUUUGUUCGGCUUAACAUCAAUGGUUAUGGUAGAAAUAAAAAGUUUUCGUACAGGUCCGGAAAGAAGAAGGCAUUCCCGACUUCAAAAUCUUGGAGAUUUUCUCGGGGUCCUUCCAAAGCAGAGAGUUUGGCUUUUGACGCGUCAACGAAACAAUGUACAAUCUCAAAGGUUGACUUGGAAAUUGCGAAGGCGGCUGUGGAGGUUGCUCGAGUUGAGCCUUCUGAUGAGAAUCUGAGGAAACUUCUGAAGCUUACGCAUGGAUAUGAUUGCUUCCGUGAAGGGCAACUGGAGGCUAUCCGGCAUGUGAUUUCGGGGGACUCUACAAUGCUAGUGCUCCCAACUGGUGCAGGUAAGUCCCUUUGCUACCAGUUACCUGCACUGGUUUUACCUGGGGUAGCAUUAGUCGUGAGCCCUCUGGUAGCUUUGAUGGUUGAUCAGCUGAGGCAACUGCCUUAUUUAAUACCCGGUGGACUUCUAAGCAGCAACCAGACCAGCGAUGAGGCUCUAGAGACAUUGCAGAGGCUGCAUGAAGGGCUAAUAAAGGUGCUUUUUAUCUCACCUGAGAGAUUGUUGAAUUCAGAAUUUCUGUCAACAUUCAGGGAUGGUCUGUUUAUAUCUUUUUUGGCAAUUGAUGAAGCGCACUGCAUUUCUGAAUGGUCUCACAAUUUUCGGCCUUCGUAUUUGAGGUUGAGGGCAUCACUGUUACGAACAGUGCUUAAUGUUAAGUGCUUCCUUGCAAUCACUGCAACUGCAACAACUCAGACUUUAGAUGACAUCAUGGGUGCUCUAGAAAUUCCUUCUACAAGUUUAAUAAAUACACGUCAAAUUAGGGAAAAUCUACAGCUCUUUAUAACCUCAAGUGACAAUAGGCUGAAGGAUUUGUUAAUUCUUAUGAAGUCAACUCCUAUGGUGGACACGAGAAGUGUCAUCAUCUACUGCAAGUUUCAGAAAGAAGCUGAAUUGGUGAGCAAAUAUCUUUGUGAUAACAAUAUCUCUUCUAAGGUAUAUCACGGCAGUCUUGCAUCAAAGGACAGAAUCCGUACUCAGGAACUCUUCUGUUCGAACAAAAUUAGAGUGGUAGUAGCAACUGUGGCAUUUGGCAUGGGCCUUAACAAGAGCGAUGUUGAAGCUGUUAUCCAUUACAGCUUGCCAGAAAGCAUAGAAGAGUAUAUCCAGGAAACUGGACGGGCUGGGAGGGAUGGGAGGCUUUCCAAUUGCCAUCUUCUUCUUGAUGACACUACUUAUCAUAAGCUCCGUAGCCUUUUAUACAGUGAUGGUGUUGAUGAAUAUGUAAUUAACAAGCUUCUAUCCCAAAUUUUCGUGAAGGAAACUAAUUUAGAAGAGAGUAUUUGCUCCUUGAUUAAAGAAUCCACAUCAUGUAAAUUUGAUAUUAAAGAAGAAGUUUUAUUGACGAUCCUGACAGAACUGGAGAUAGGUGAUGUGCAAUAUUUACAGUUGCAUCCUCAGCUCAAUGUUACAUGCACACUGUGCUUUCACAAGACAUCACCUGAAGUGCUUUCUGGAAAGGAUGCCCUAGUUUCUGCUAUUAUUAGUAAGUCAGAGAAGAAGCAUGGGAAAUUUGUUUUUGACAUCCCCACCGUAGUGAAUUAUGCGGGUACCACAGUCAAAGAGCUGUUAGAUCAUAUCCGAAACCUUAAGUACUUAGGAGAAAUCACAUAUGAUCUGAAGGAUCCUGCGUUCUGCUUCACAAUUGUUAAGAAACCAGACGACUUCUGCUCUCUUACAGCCCAUCUGGCAAAACUUUUAUCAGAAAUUGAGAAAUGCAAGUUGCACAAGUUAGAUGAAAUGUUCAAUUUGGCAUAUUUUGCCUUAAAAGAAUGCCGUGGAGUCUAUGGAUGUGCUAGUCCCAUGCAUACCCAAUGCAUUCAAAAAAGGAUUUCAGAAUACUUUAGCAGGGUUAAUAACGUUCAUCAAGAGUUCAGCUUCAAGAGUCCACAAAGCAGCCCAUUUUUACAUGCAGAUAUUAAGGUGUUUUUACAAGCUAACUCAGAAAAGAAAUUUACACCAAGAGCAGUUACUAGGAUUAUGCAUGGCAUCCCGAGUCCCGCUUUUCCAUCUGCAACUUGGUCUACCUGUCAUUUUUGGGGACGUUACACACACAUAGAUUUUCCAGUAGUCAUGAAGGCUGCGACCUUGGAGCUAAUGGAUUUCUGUAAAAGGGGUAACACCUAAAGUUUUUUGUUGCUUGGAAACAAGUGUUCCAUAGACAAUCUGAUCGUAGGGAUCUUCAAGGUGAAAGUAUGAUCUUUGUGUUAUCCAAAGAAAACGCUAAUUUUAUAUUUUAUAAGCUUUGUGA